AGAUGCCGGCUGUCCAUAAAACGCGGCAACCUUUUUGGGAUUAUUUUUGGGCAGCAAAAUUGAUUCUUCAAACCGCUGGCAUUCUUCCAAUUGGCGAAUCCUCGUCUUUGUGGAAAUCAAUUCUCACCGAAGUUCUUGCAGCCUCCCCACUGAUGUAUGGCUCAUAUGUACUGAUACAACCACUGCAUUGUAUACUCUUUAGGAGUGACAACAUGGACGAAUUACUCGAAGCCGUGAUAGUUGUGAUCACCGUUUCAGGCGGACAAUUAAGAUCAAUUCUCAUCUCUAUUCAUCGCCGUAAGAUCGUCCGACUGUUUACCAUCGCCAGAAAAUUAUGGGACGAGACUCAUGCCGAAGACCGCGAAUUAAUUUUAACCUGGGCUAAACGGGCGAGAUUUUUCUGCACCAUCUACUUCUGGGCUACGCAAGUUUCAUCGACCCUGUUCGUCCUGACUUCGGUAGUGAAGCAGCUCUCGUUACCCCCGAAUUCAACGAUCAGCCACUACCCCUUCGGAAUUGAAGAAAGUAUCACUCCAAGCCCGCAGUACGAGAUUAAAUACACACUUCAGAUCAUCAGCGGAUACCUUGGAAUGAUGUUCGUAGCAGCUUCAGACAUGGCUGUGACUCUUUUGGUUCUAAAUCUCUGCGGUCAACUCGCGCUCAUCCAGAGCUGGCUUUUGGAUAUCUCGAAGAAGGAAUUAAUUGCAGCGAGACAAAGAACCGACGGUAGUUUCGAGGUGGCGUUGAGAAAAUGCAUUCGCCGUCAUCAGGUCGUAAUGAAUUUCUGCGCCGAAUUAGAAGAAAUAGUUAAUUGCAUUAACCUGGUGCAAAUCCUCGGCGGAAUGUAUACAAUGGCAAUUUCAGGAGCAAGAUUGGCAAAGAAUCUGAGAUCGUACCGAUUCUCAGGACCACUUAUAGUUUCAAUCAGUGGACUGUUCUUCUCCUGUUGGCCAGCGGACAAUCUCUCUUUCGAAACCGCCAAGGUAGCACAUGCAGUUUACGCAGUUCCAUGGCACAGUUGUUCACCUGCGGAGAAAACUCUUGUCGCGAUAAUGCUGACGCGAUCUCAACGUUCCGCUAAACUCACCGCUGGAAAAUUCGUCGCAUUGUCAUUGGAGACUUUUUCCUCUAUUCUAUCCAGCGGUGUCUCCUGCUGCAUGAUUUUGCUUAGGUUCUAAACCUGGUAGGUACGCUAUGCUGCAACGAAACGUCACAUCGUGGAUGUCGAUUCUGUUUCGCAACGAGAAACUCGCGUGUAUAAUCAUAAGUAAAAUGACGAGCAUUUGUAAUGUAGCACGUUACG